AGGUCCAAUCAACGGGAGAAAUGUUCCUAGGUUGUGUGACAACGACAAAAUGGUGUUCGACGAAUGGCCCUGGAUUGCCACUUGGAAACCAUCGGCGUACACUUGUCCUAUUUCUGGUGGGUUUUCACUGAGGGUCAUAAGUGGGCUUACAAUGAAGGAUACAUGCGAAAAUGAAUGGAGGAACUCUUCUGUUGAAGUAGAGUGUAGCAAGGGUGGUGGUAUAGUCUUUAUUGCGCCAGUGAAGAGUGAAUGCAAUCCAUUUUCAAAGACCAGUUCUGUAACGACUCUACAUUGUUGGGCUGGUUGGAAGCAGAGGAAUUUUACAUACAUGAUAGUAUCAGCCCAAAAAGAAGCUGAUUACCACAACGAACCACAAUUCUGCAUUCGCUUUCCCAAUACUCUUUCUGAGAAUUUUGAGGCAUUCGUGUAUGUCAGUGUUAUAUGCCCUACAGACAGGGAUGGGCUUGCACCACCUGGUAUCAACUAUUUUAAGCUUAAAAUGAGGAAAAUAAACAACGCAGUAUGUCAAGAUGACAACGAAGUAGAAUGCAGCAAGUUAAAAGAUUCCGGAAUGUGUGACCAUCCUAAAACAGGAUUUUAUCGACAUUGUCUAAAGACCUGUGGAGAAUGUGAUGAAAAUUCAGCUUCACGGAAGACGUGUUCAUUCAGUUCAAAAUUGUAUGGAAAAUGGAGGCUAAUUGAGCGAAACCGAUUUGAGAAAGUUGUCAUAAACUCCUCUCAUGUCGAUUUUUCUGAGAUGGGGGCGUUCCAGUGUUAUCAAAGGACCCCAGACGAGCACCAGUAUACGGUCACCACAGCUUAUAAUAACGGAUGCUCCAAUAGGUACUCAUGCAUCGAAUUAGAAAGACUUGGCAACAAUAUUCUUCGAUACAGAAUUGGUCCUAGUGUUCGAGAGAACCAACCAUACGAGUCUCUGUGUCAGUUUAGGGACGACGAAUACCCCCUACUGGAUACUUACCGCAGUAGUGCUAGGAAAACACUUAUAUAUGAUGAUGGUUUACUGUUUGGAUCAUACUGUGGGUUUGAAGGACGGUUUAUGUUUAAUGGUACCUAUGGUGGACGGCAGUGUUUAGGAAUGAUCUCAGAUGUAGAUCCCAAAACAUGUAACACAGUGACCACUCUAACAGUCCACGGCAAAGAUUGUCAGGGAAUCAAUGAAGCCAAACAAUACCAGUGUUUGCAAUACAUUUACAACACAAGUUCGUUGUUUGAAAAGUAUCUUAUAACAAAAUCAAAAGAUGAAGCAGAGGAAUACAACUGUUGGGUUAAAUACAGUACUUUUGAAUACAAAUACGAUUUUCCUCAGCAAGUGAUCUACAAAAUGCCCACCCCACAGUGUGGAAUGUUCACAAAUGUCCUAGCUCAUCACGACAGACAAGCAGAUGCAGAACUGUUUUUAAAAGUAAAAGAGCCAUGUCAAACGAGAUCUAAUGUAAAAAAUCAACCCACUGUCAACUCAAGUCCGUCUACUGUACCAUACCAGCCUGACAGCCUAGGAGCAGUGGUUCCGAUUCCUCAGACUGUCGACAGUUAUUAUAGCAUAGCAUCUCGGUUUACGCAAUGCACACAUCUCUACUUGGUCUUAGUUUUCUGUUCUCUUGGACAAGCAUUGCGUCAAGUUCUCAGGUGACAAAACGCCAUCAGGAUCAUAAAAAAACUAAUUUAACUUAAUAUGGCAUUCAACUUGGUACUUCAAUUUCAUUUCAGCUAAAAUUUGUUCGCGAUGGCAAAGUACAAGGUUUACCUGACGUCACGCAAA